AGUUCAGGUCGUGUGUAAAUUUAAAAAAUGAUGAAAUAUAUUCUUGUUUGUAUACUUGUAAGUGCCAGAGGGCAUCAAGCAAAUGGUGCGGAUCCUGAGGUUCACCCAAAUGCUGGCCUCCUGCCGGACGCCUGUGGGGAGAUCGCAGAGAGGCGUCUCGCAGAAGGUCCCGCUGCUGGACUGUAUGAGUUCCCCUGGAUGGCCCUCAUCUCUUAUGAUACUAAGCACGGGCGCGAUUUUAAAUGUACUGGAACCAUUAUCAACUCGAGGUACAUUUUGACAGCAGCAAACUGUAUUAAAAAUUUGAAAAUAGCAGGAGUGAGAGUCGGAGAGUACAACAAGUGUACGAGCAUCGACUGCCAGCUAGAUCAGUGCGAGUCUCAUAUUCAGGAUAUUACUGUAGACGAAGCUAUAGUCCAUGAAGAUUUCACGUCACAAGCAAAUGUGGAUAACAACAUAGGUCUUCUGCGCCUGCACGACCCGAUCGACUUUACCUUUAAAAACGUGGCUCCAAUAUGUCUUCCGGUAUCGAACGCACUGAGCAGCGUGACCAUCGACGGUAAAACAGCGACUCUCGCAAGCUGGAAGUUCAGGAAAACCAGCUCUUGCGCACUAAACAAAAUCAGCCUUCCAUUAGUAACCAGAGAUGAGUGCAUCAAGAAACAUGAAACGAGUUCAUUUGUGAAGCUGGAGAUAAGCGUCAACCAGAUUUGCGCUGAUGAGAAAGCGGAAGACGCCUGCGGCAUCGUCUCCGGGGAUCCUCUGAUGCUGGAGGCUGGUGACCAGGGGGGACGCAGGAUGGUGCAGUACGGACUCUCCUCUCACGGACUCACACGCUGUGGGACCGACUACCCCGGGAUUUACACCGACGUCUCCAAAUACAUGGACUGGAUACUGUCCAAUUUGAAACAAUAAUUUUAGCUGAACUGUGCACAUAAAAUGAAAGCAUGACGUAAAUGUGAUUUCCUAAUAAACUGUUUAGAAGCUUA